CAAAAGGCUAAACUUCAACUUUCAAAUGGAUGAAAUGAUUCGUACACAUCCAUCGGACCACUUUUUCUGUCUCUCAAGAGUGAAGAGCACGCGUGUUGUUUUUGGUUUUUUCGUUGAUGUCCUCGGCGUGAGUCAUCUUCCACAAAAAUGACGGUCUUGUCGGACAACUUCACUCCGCGUUCGACACAUUCGUCGAAAAACGCGAAUCAUUCCGCGAAAUCGACACCUCGCGGCAGUACCGCUUCACACUAUGGGGACGAGAGUAUACACGGCACUCCUGCAGCAGGUGUUGGACCUGCCACUGGUGGAGGAUUCCAAAGAAGCAUGUCCAACCACAGCAUUGCGUCGUCGAUUCACGGGAGUGAGCAGCACGCUGUCGACAGAACGCCUGCGGCUGUUGUAAACAAUGCGAACGAUGAUCUUCAGGGAGACAGUAGCAAGCCACUGGGCAGUGGUGACGGGACGAUCUGUACACCGACAGAAACUACAGGACCUGGGUCAGUGACCACGAGGACACCUGUAGUUGCUUCCACCCCGAUCACGUCCUCUGUACUACCAACCCCGUCGUCGGCACCAGCUCCUUCCAGUAGCAGCAAGCAAUCCUCGUUACCGGUAAUCAGUGCUCCCACGACACGCCCCCUCAUCUCCUGCCAGGGGUGCGGGAAACAGACCACGUCCGAAAUGUGCUGCCCCACGUGCAACCAGUUUGGGAGGCAAAGCUUCUUCUGCACGCAGGACUGCUUCAAGAAGAACUGGAACGUGCACAAACGGCUUCACACCCUCCUGCAGCAACAGAAAGAGCUGGCGGAGAGCGAAACGGCGAGCCUGGCCUCGGACAUGGCGGCCACGUCGCCAGACCACCGGUCCGAGGGACUGAUGAAGCGGGGCUUGUCGCAAUUACGCGACAAGGUUUUCUAUCAAGUGCAAAAAUCUCUGGGUCUGGAAACUUGUGAUGCUGGGUGGCGUCUCAUGAUGAGGCUACAGAUGCUGGCUCAGCAUGACAAGUUUCUGAGCUCCUAGGUAUUGCCUAUUCUGCAUGACAAAGUGCGCUUCUGCAUCGCAGAAAAACGGAGCUCUUGGGUCACGUGCAUGACAGAUUUAAAUGUCAUGCCAGACAAGCAUGACAAACAUGAAUUCUUCCAGACCCAGACAUUUUUACAUUUGAUAUUUUCCACCAAAGCAGCAGCUCGUCCUUGUCGGUGCAGAAAAAAACGUCUUACGCCUCGCGGAGUUCCAGCAACAGCAGUAGUGUGAAUGAGGAAGAUCCGCAAAUGGCCAAUACUAUCGACGGAGAAGACGAUUCCAAGAAUUCGAAACCGCUGUCCACCAUGUUUGGAAAAUUGUUGUCUUCACAGCCCUUCUUGAACAAUUUGGUGCAGCAGCUCCCGCUUUCCUCCAUAAGCGUUUCGCCGUCCCGGGGUCCGAGCAAGCGCGGGCUGUUGCCAGGCGGGGGCGGGAUGCAGAGUGGUGUGCACAGCCAGCAAUUGAAUCACGCGGUUCUUUCGUCUGGGGCGUCCGGAGGAGGACACCAGAGUUCAUACAAGCCGGGCGCUUUGGCGGCUGCCUGGAACUCUAGUAGUGACCCGGGCGGCGGGGGUGGAACGGCGUUUUCUGGUUCGCAUCACGGACCGUCCAAUUCAGGGAAAGUGCAAGAUGUUGCAACCUCCCUACCUACUUCCCCAGCGCAGGUGUGCGCAAUGGUGUUCUCUUGCUUCCUCGGCCUACCGCGCUUGCUGAAGAUGCUGCUUUUUGCCUGUCUUUUCGUCUUCCUCACCAUCGCCUACAUCACGCGUCGGCUCGCAUCGCCAGAGAUGAACGGAGCACUCGGGUCGGCGCCGGUGGGAGCGCCGAUCCAGGAUAACGCGAGCGCGCGGAAAGGCGCGGGCGUGUCCUUUCACCACGACCACGGCUGGACAAUGGAGGACCUAGCAGAGCAUCUGGAGGAGCACGAAAGAAGAAUAGAGCAGCUAGAAGCCGCCCUGGCGAACUACGAAAAUGCAGGCUCGUCUUCCGGUGGAGCGUCCGUGAACGCAAGUCCCUUUGCAGCAGUCGGCAGCAUUAGUGGAAGCAAAAGUAAUACUCGGCCGGAAAUCAGUGUGACUCCCGCUUCUUUUGCCGCGCCAGCGAGUAGUUCUCCUUCACUUGUUGUAGGUGGAUCCUCCAACAGUAACAUAGGCGCGGUCGUGUCGGUAGCUUCAGCAGCGAAUUCUGCUGUUCGGAGUUCGACUAGUAGCGGUAACGCAGCAAGCUUUUCAGCAGAGGAGACCCAGCCUUCCGAGGGAAGCAAGCCUACGUCAGGUGAGGCCACUGGAUUCGCUACUGCGCAGCAAAUGAACGACAUGUUCGCAGCCGUGGGUUCGCCAGCGCAGAAGACGGCUGCGGCUGCUACUGGAGCGGUAGGACCGAACUCCGGUACAACUGCGGGAGUGGGAAACCAAGCUCCAAGCAUUUUGGCUGGCACCUCCAUGCCGGCGUUCGCAGCUUCGCCCGAGCCUUCGUUUUCUGAGCCGAAGGACGGUAGAGCGCCUGGCGACCCCUUUGUUGCUAAUGGCCCUGCUGCUAACGGAGACGCAUUCACUGCCACGAACCAGGUACAACUCAUGCAACGUUGAUGCGUCGAGUCGAUCUUCCAAAGAAGGAUGAUGCAGCAAAUCAUUCGAAUAAAAAGCGUGCGACACCAAAAUGGCCAAAACUUAAGGAACCACGGAUAAUUAAUCUCUCAGGUGCAACAGCAACGAGAUGGGCCGGAUUCGGCGUCCAUUGGGAAGGCCAUGCCCGAGGAGCAACCGUCAUCAUUUAUGCAGGGCGGAGGUGAGCAAGAAACAGAAAAUCGAAAGGCAGGAGGCACAGAUGAGCACGAAAAUCAUCACCGCGGACUCGGAUUGCCGAGACGAGAGAGUCCUGGACAUUCUGACGAAAGUAGUGCAUCGAAUGACAGUCCAGGACAAGACAGGUUUUAAGAUGUGCGUUUCGAAGCGAGGAGCAACCCCACCACACAUGAAAGAAAGACCGCGCUCUGCUUUCUCGAAUUCACAGCGCUCAGGUUGUGUUUUUGAUUCAUUGUAGGUAUGGCUUGAGCAAGGACUCUACAGUACUGAUGUGUUCUAACGCAUGAGUGUUGUGAUAUGUAAAUCAUUGCCCUACGACGUUUGCGUUGUCUUGGAUUCAGA